AAAGCUGUGUAAAGGAAAUAACAGUAACCAUGGCUCCAACAUUGUAUGAUAAGAAGCCGGAGCCAGGAGAUCUGAUAGAGAUAUUCAGAGGGAACUACCAGCACUGGGCUUUGUACGUUGGUGACGGCUUUGUUGUUCACCUGGCCCCACCCUCCGAGGGACCUGGGGCCAGGGCCAACAGCAUGAUGUCUGUGCUCAGUGACCAGGCUAAGGUGAAGAAGGAAGAGAUCUGGGAUGUGGUAGGGCAUGAUCAGUGGUGCGUAAACAACCAGCUGGAUGAGAAGUACCAGGUCAGACCCAUACAUGAGAUACUGACGGAAGCCCAGGCCUAUGUGGACCAGGAGAUGCCCUACUGUGUCUUCAGGGGAAACUGUGAGCACUUUGUCACAGAUCUGAGAUAUGGAAAGGCUGAGUCUCGACAGGUUCGUCAGGUUGUGGAAACUGUGGGAAUGGCUGCAAUGGUGGGCUUCGGAGUCCUUGCUGUUGCAGGUAUCGCAGCGGCCAUCUUUGGAGGUGGAAGCAAGAAGAAGAAUGAAGAAAAAGAAGAAUAUAAGUGACCAACUGUAUAAUAGCUUCCUGAGCAGCCAGUCACCAAUAAGCCUAAUAGAUUAAUUUUUUAAACUACAGUACUGCCAUCGUCACUUGUAUAAUUCUGGUGUUAUCAGAAGGAAGGGUUGAGUAUUUCCAUAAUAUUUUUCUUUUUUAUAGUUACACAGACAUUAAUUGAAAGCACAAAAGGAGGAAAAGUGUCUGGUUAUAAUUCCAAGGUAUACAGCCUUGGAGGGGCCAUAGCCUUGCAGGCUCCUAGGCUAUGCUAGCUGUUUAAAAAAAAUAUAUAUUUUUAUUGUCAGUUACUUAUAAGCAGUGGUGGGAAAAGUACCCAGUUGUCAUACUUGAGUAAAAGUUAAGAUAACUUAAUAGAAAAUGACUCAAGUAAAAGUGAAAGUCACCCAGUAAAAUACUACUUUAGUAAAAGUUUUAAAGUAUUUGGCUUUAAAUAUACUGAAGUAUAAAAAGUAAAUGGCAUGGAUAAAAUGUAGUCCGGUUCUUUUACUUUUGAUACUUAAGUACAUCAUUUUCUUGUUCUUUAAUUUUUGGGUAGCCAGGGACAUGCUCCAACACUCAGACAUCAUUUACAAACGAAGCAAGUGUUUAGUGAGUCAACCAGAUCAGAGGCAGUAGGGAUGACCAGGGGUGUUCUCUUGAUAAGUUUGUGAAUUAGACUAUUUUCUUGUGCUGCUAAGCAUUCAAAAUGUAAUGAAUACUUUUGGCUGUCAGGGAAAAUGUAUGGAGUAAAACGUCCAUUUUUCUUUAGGAAUGUAGUGAAGUAAAAGUUGUCAAAUAUAAAUAGUAAAGUACAGAUAUCCUAAAAAACUACUUAAGUAGUACUUUCAAGUAUUUUUAAGCAGUGGUGUAAAGUACCUAUGAAGUUUUCCUACUAAAGUUUUAACAUAUUUAUGUAGACUCUCUUUAUAAUGGGAUAAAAUGGUAUUCCACUGAAGUUCUAAUGUUUCUAUCAUGAAGCAAAUUGUCUAAAGGACCCAGGGCUUCCGAGUGGCACAGCAUCUCAGUGCUAGAGACAUCACUACAAACCCUGGUUCGAUUCCAGGCUGUAUCAUAACCGGCUCACAAUUGGCCCAGCGUCGUUAGGGUUUGGUUAAAUAAGAAUUUGUUCUUAACUGACUUGCCUAGUUAAAUAACUAAAUAAAAGGACCCACAGAACUACUCCUGGUUAGGGUUGAAGUGGACACAUCUAAUGCUGCUUGUAUCGCUUCGUAAUGACUGACAGCAUUAUGAACAGGUGCAUCAAAGCAGUGACCAAGAGACUGAAAAACAGCUUCUAUCUCAAGUCCAUCAGACUGUUAAAUAGCCAUCAGUAGCACCUUAGAGGCUGCUGCCCAAAACACAUAGACUUGAAAUCACU